AUGGCUGGCGGCCUGUUUAGUAUAGAUCGCCAUUAUUUUGAAGAACUUGGAACGUACGAUCAUGGAAUGGAUAUUUGGGGUGGCGAGAAUCUGGAAAUAUCUUUUCGAGUGAGCCACUUUUCGGCUUAUCUAAAAAUGCUUAUUGAUUUAUAG